AUGGCGUCCGUACCAACGCAAGCACUCCUCGAUGCCACUACUAUCCCAGCUGAAGUCCAUGCAAAUGGCUUCAUACGGGAGAAUCUCACAGUAAACAAUAGCAGCGCGACGAACGAACCAGGAAACACGAAGACGCAUGAUACGAGCCACUUCGACAACAAAACCUCCCACUCUACUCUAGAACCGGGUGUGCCUUUAUCCAACAUUGCUAGUCCCAGCACAUUACCUCCAGCCCAGAUAACUGAGGUUCAUGACCCUGCUCAUGAGGAGCACCAAUACCUCGACCUGAUCCGCACGAUUCUAGCACAGGGCGAACACCGUCCAGACCGUACUGGCACUGGUACGCUGUCAGUCUUCUGUCCCCCUACCAUGCGCUUUAGCCUCUCCAAGGUCGAUCCUACAUCUCCGUCAGGAUACAGCCAUGUCCUACCUCUCCUAACGACCAAACGUGUCUUCACGAAAGCAGUCAUAGCUGAGUUACUCUGGUUUAUCAAGGGUUCUACAAACUCAAAAGAGCUUUCAAAUCAAGGCGUACAUAUUUGGGAUGGCAACGGUAGCAGGGAAUUUCUUGAUAAACUUGGCCCUCCACAGUCGCUGCGUGAAGAAGGAGAUUUAGGCCCUGUAUAUGGUUUUCAAUGGCGAUAUUUCGGAGCCGAGUACAAAGACUGUCACACGAAUUACGAAGGACAGGGAGUUGACCAAUUGCGGGAAGUAAUACAGAAACUCAAGAACAAGCCGUACGAUCGGAGGAUUAUUCUAAGUGCAUGGAAUGUGGGCGAUCUGGGAAGCAUGGCACUACCGCCAUGUCAUCUACUUGCGCAAUUUUAUGUCAGCUUUCCUGAUGCACCAAAAGGUGAGGAAGCUUUCAGACGGUGGCAGGCAGAGCAGCAAAACGGGGCAUCCCAUGGUAGCGCAUCCUUAUCACCAUCAAGAGGCAGAUUGAGUUGUACACUAUAUCAGCGCAGCGCCGAUACCGGACUUGGUGUACCUUUCAAUAUCGCCUCGUAUGCACUCCUGACACAUAUGCUUGCCUAUGCAUGUGAUCUGGUGCCUGAGACUUUCAACAUGGUGUUAGGAGAUGCGCAUGUGUAUAUGGAUCAUAUUGAUGCACUGAAAGAACAGAUACGGCGAGAGCCGAGACCAUUUCCCGGCUUGAGGAUAAAGAGAGAUGAUCGAGGACAUGGAAAUGUGGAUGGAUGGAGUUUGCAGGAUUUCGAAAUUCUGAAUUAUAAACCUCAUGCUGGGGUGAAGAUGAAGAUGAGUGUAUGA